UGAACGACGACGAUGCUUGAAGAAGUUUGAUUGACGGCUAUUCGCUGUUGAACUUGUUAUUCAUUUUGAAAGUAAAAUAUUCUUCAUCUUUUUGAUAUUGUGAUGAUAAGAAAUAUAGUAAAAUCUUAAACAUGCUCAGUCAAACUUCUACUGAAGCGUUGCUUUCUGCGACCUACGUUGAAAAUUACCUAGAUUGUGUUGAAAAUCUACCGAAUGACCUGCAACGACAUUUAUCGCGUAUGCGCGAGCUUGACGUAACGUACAGAGAAUGUGUUCGAGAUGCAGAGACACAUAUAGCUGUUUGCAUUGCUGCAAACACUGAAGAAAGACGCCGUGCCCGAGCUGCAGCACGGUUACAGGCAGCUCUUGUUGCUGCCCAGGAAAUAGGAGAUGAAAAACUACAGGUUGUGCAAUUAUUACAAGAUCUCAUAGACAAUAAACAGAGAUCUCUAGAUGCUGACCACAAGAAACUAGUUUCAUGUCUUGAUGUGAACACAAAUGGCACAACAAAAGAAGAACCUACUACUCCAUUAGAAACUCCACGAACUGUGGAUAAAGAUACAAGCUCAUUACAAGUCCAACCCUUGAAUGUAGCCCCACCACCACCACCUGAACGCACUAAUGAAAAAGAAAAGGACAAAGUGGAAAGGGAGAAAACAGGAGGUGAAAGGUGGUCAAAACGUGCACGACGAUCGCGUACAACUGCCGGUGCUGCGACAGAUGGUGCAGAUUCUAGUGAGCGAGACAGUGAAAGACAUGCACAUAAUACUUCUCAUAAGAAAGGUAUAGGUAAGAAGAAGAAACGCAAAGCUAGACAAACAGCUCAACGGUCAGAGACCCCACCAGAGGAGACAGACGCCAUUGAUCCUGAUGAACCAAGGUACUGCCUCUGUGAUCAGAUAUCAUUUGGUGAAAUGAUUCUUUGUGACAACGACCUUUGCCCCAUAGAGUGGUUUCAUUUCUCUUGUGUUUCACUUACGACUAAGCCUAAAGGAAAAUGGUUCUGCCCCAAGUGCCGUGGCGAUAGGCCCAAUGUCAUGAAACCGAAGGGACAAUUUCUUAAAGAGCUUGAACGGUAUAACAAGGAGAAAGAGGAGAAAGCAUAGUGUCUAUUUGGACAGUGACUUAAAGUAACUAUAGAUACAGAGGCAGCACACAGUGCAAUCAUAUGCAAUCAGCAGUACAGUUCUCUUCACAAUUGCGUUUUAAACAUCUCUUUCCAAAGCAGAUUAACAGAUAAGCACUGUAAAUAUAAUACUGAUCCAAACCUUUGUAAAUCCCAGUGAAAAUGUAUUCUCCUAAUUCAUAUGAGAAUUGGCUCAUUUUCUACCUAAUACUCUUUAAAGUAUUUGAAAUGUAAUUUCAAUUACAUAAUAUCCAAUUAUAAGCUUUAUUUGUAUAACGAGAGUCUUAGUUCCAAGUUACAAUUAAUUAUUUAGAAGAAUCUCUAUUUAUGUUUGAAAUUAUAACAGAGUGAAUUGGAAAAUUAAGAUAACUAUUUUGAUUAAAGCAAAUGUUUUAAUGAAUAAAUUAAGAAAGAAUAAUUAUUGUAUGUAAUUAUUUUUUCUCGUCAUCACCAAGAAAACAACUUGGGAGUUCUGCAUUUUCGACAGUUACUUUGUAGAAAACUAUUCUCAUAGGAUAGUGUUGCCAAAAUUGGAGCGAUUACGCACAUUUAUUCCCUCGUUCCAACAAUGUGAUAAAUUGUUUAGAUUAAUACAUGUGGAAAUUGAUGUAAAUAAUUUAAUUAUAAUAUAGUUAUUUACGAUUAUUUACGAAGAAUAAAAUGCGCGUAGUCAACUCUUGUCAAUAAGUUGAAUAUAAGUUUAAUAAUAAUCAACUGUGUUUCAAUUAUUAUAAUUCAAUUCUCUAAUGUCAUAAAAGGUAAUCUGCGCCGUCAAGUAGAUAAUAGAAUGAAAUCGCCAACAAAUUACAAAUUGUGUCUGUUAUCUAACAAACAGUUAUAACCAUUACACAAUUUGAACAAUUUCUUCAACACUAAUAACUUUUACAAAUGUAGCAUCACGUUUGAAAAUUUAUUUUGAUAUUUGAAAAUUUGAUCAACAUUGACAAUCAAAAAAGAUUUCAAGUAAACAUACUUCCCUCUUCCUGCUUGAACCUGUUUCAAUCUCAACCAUCUGGCUUUCAUAGCUCUUUUGGUUUAAAAAUUAGAAUAUGACAGACAAUAACAAUAACACUGCUGACCUCAAGAAUGACAACGCUGAUUAAGGAUGAUGAUCAUCACAGUAUAUUCUCUAUGUCCACGGAUUUGUUCAUGUCUAUUAGCAACAGUUACCACUGUAUACUAUCAUGUGCUGUCAGCUUGUUUACGGUUCAAAGAUACAUAGCACAGAAUAAACAAUUGUGUAUAACACAUUCAGACAUACAUAAAAAAUUGCCUUACGAUCAGCGUAAAACAUUAACAAAGUGAUGAUCAAACCAUCCCUCAGAAUAAAUAUACCAUGAUAGAUUAGGCCUUCUCCUACUGUACUAAUAUUGUAUUUUAUAGAUAUUAUGUGUUA